GGGUGGAGGAGAAUGUCCAAAUUUUGGGGAAAUGUGUUUUGCUUAACAUUGCCCACUGCACUCCAAAGGAAAGAUAGCCAUGCGUCAAGCCCACAGGCUGCAGUACAUGCUACAACAUCGACAUCUACCACAAAGCAGCCAGGAGUAGGGCGAAAGCACAAGCAUGAUUCCGUGUUUUUCCCGCUCGUUCCCCGUGCAUUCGUGAGUUAUACAGGCACCGUUAAUGGACGGGGAGAGAGACAUGGGACAGGAACUUGCAUCUACCUUAAUGGCGACUGUUAUGAAGGCGACUGGCAGAACGACGAGAAGCACGGGCGCGGGAUAUUUUGGUACCAAAACGGGAGGCGCUAUGAAGGCGACUACGUACACGACAAGCGAGAGGGGACGGGCAUCUACUUCUUCCAGAAUGGCGACGUGUAUGAUGGCAACUGGAUCGCUCACGGUCGUGACGGAUAUGGAGUGUUGACAAAGAGGGAUGGCAGCGUUUAUAAGGGAGCAUGGGAGCACAAUGCUUGUACGGGGGAAGGAACCUUAACUACCUCCGACGGCGCGGUUUAUCGAGGAUCCUUUGUCAACGGUCUCCGUCACGGGAGAGGAAUCGACAUCGGGGUCGUACGUCCACGACCGACCCGAAGGGGCAGGAACAUUCUACCGUAAAGGAGAGACGUUGCGCGGCCUGUGGGAAGGGGGUUAUUUCCAGGGCCCGCUCCCUCCCUCCCAACAACCUUCUCUCUCUUUCCCUCCUCCUCUUUGCCCGACGCAAGACAGCCACUGCAUGGAAGGAAAAAACGCGGAGGAAAAUGGAGAGAAAGUGGCACAGCGAAGAAGGGAGAAGAAAGGGAAGGAAAGAAAGGAAGGAACAGAUUUCAAAGAGAAGGAAAGGGAGGCCAGCGAAUCCCAUUCCUCGCCGUCUUCUUCCCUUUCUUGUCUUCAUCCCUCACUUAACGGUGGAGCGGUCCCUAGAAAAGAAGUCGCGGGCUCCAUUGAUAGUUUGCUAUCUACAGUAGAAGAGGUUGGAAAACUAAGGGACAGGAAAGAGGGAAAAAAAGAAGAAGAGAGGAAAGCUAUUGGGGAGAGUACAAUCGACGAGAGAAGUGCAGAGGGAUAUGAGGGGAAAAAACGAGAGGGAGGGGAAACACAAAUAGAUUUGCCUUGCGGCGCAUAAUAUAAGAAGAAAUAAGCCACCAAAAGGAGAUGAUAGCGUAUAAAAGCAAAUAGAGGCAAAGGAGAAAGAAAUGGAACGAAGAAGAGGAAAGAUAGAUAAUGGAAAUCUGAAGCGAGAAGAAGAGAGGGCAAGCAUGUCACUAAUGUGCUGGAGAGAUACAGAGAAUAAGACAAGUUUUGCUCAAUUUUCGUCAAUCUCUGGAGUUUCGCUCCUUGCAUGAUCUGAGAGCCUCAAAUGGUCCUUCCGCUCGUAUGAUUAAGUUUCCUUUCACCUUCAGGUCUCCAACUAUGUACCGCUCGAAUCCCUAAUUUAUGAUCCAGCAGGCUCGCCGUGCAGGGUGCACGCUCU